AUGGCUACUACUCUGACUGCAAUUGCCCAGUCUGCCUAUCUAAGAAUCUUGGCAAGCCAAGGCGGGUCACCAAAUGCACCAAGCAAACACAAGAAACAGUACCCUGAUGAACCUGCCGACCAUGCUCCUCCCACUCCUCUCCUGGCGUUUGUUGCAGAUCGUUUCCUGCUCAACUCUAUCCUCUCUGGGUCCUUGCAGUCCUCCCUCACUGCAUCAUCCUCUUGCCAAAAAUGUGUUUACUCUAAGAACACAGACCAAGAGUCGGGCAAAAGGAGAAGAGUGGAUGAACAGAGCAGGAAAAUGGAGGAGAGGACAGACCACAUAGAAGUAACAGGCAGCACUGAUGAGAUUAACAUUGAGAUACCGCCUGGAAAGGAAUGGCCCUUCAAUUUUGAGGAACCACACCCCCAAUUUGAUGAGGAGGGCAACUGGUGUCAAGAAGCUCUUGACAUCAACGAGCUUGCAACAAGUGAUGAUGAGCUGGGUGGCGAAGAUGACAAGCUUGUCGAGGAGGUCAACAACCAGGCUCAGCAAGGUCUACAACCACUUGGAGAUGAUGAAGAUGUCACAAACCUCCACCUACCCCUUGACCCACCUAUUGAGCAGCCUCAUGAUUCACCCUCACCUCAACCUUCCAACAAUCGCCCAGCACAAGCUCUCUCUGGCUGGACAGAGAUAGAAGUUGACGAGCUGCACACGGGAACCACCGUUGUGGAGGCCAAGGAGGCUAUGGCCUAUGUCAAACUACUACAGGAAGCCACCAUCAACAAUAACCAUCAUGCCCUGUCGACCACUGCUUGCCUUCAACUCCACAAUCCUCCCGCACAAUAG